AUGAGCUCUGAUCUUCCUCCCCCGCCCUACAACGACGUCGUCUCCGCCACCUCCCUCUCUCUCCCCUUCCCGGACCCAGCCGACGUAUGGAAGACCCGCGACAUAUCCGUCCAGGAUUGGGCCGCCUUUGCCUCCAUCAUCACCGCGGCGCUCGACAGAACCGUUGACGUUAACGACAGGAGGCAGUCGUCAAAUUCAGGCGAGCACGAGGAGAAGCGCCUUAUGGAAAUCGUCGAGGGAUGGAACAGCGGCUUUUUUGAGAAGCGCGGCCUCAAAGUUGUGCUCAAUGGGCAGGAUGAUGCUGCCGCCCCUGCCGCUGUCUCUUCUACUGACGGCUCGCGGUUCAGCUUUGGUCCCACGAAGUUUGGGGUCCGGCUUGGCGGGGGGAUGUUUGGUGUGGAUUUGUCGUCUAAGAAAUCUUCUGAGAAGUAG